UCGGCAUGAGGCUGUGACUGGCGUGACUCGUGGCCAAUGAUAGGCUGCUAGGGGCGUGGCCUCUGGCGUCCCACGAGGUAAAGGAUGCUGCGGGCGGACCCUGCCUGAGCGAGCGGGAUUCGGGGGUGCUGAAGUCGCAAGGGCAGGGCGGGAAGGAAGAUCCGGAGCGGGGCGUGGGAUCCGGAGCUGGAGGUCCCCCCCAGAAUUUCCUGUCCGUGAAAAGGAAGGCUGGUCCGGAUAAGUGAGGCCGGCCCCAUGUAUCCGGAAUCAACCACGGGUUCCCCAGCUAGACUCUCCCUGCGGCAGACAGGCUCCCCCGGGAUGAUCUACAGUACUCGGUAUGGGAGUCCCAAAAGACAGCUCCAAUUUUACAGGAACCUGGGCAAAUCCGGGCUUCGGGUCUCCUGCCUGGGGCUUGGAACAUGGGUGACUUUCGGAGGCCAGAUCACUGAUGAGAUGGCAGAGCACCUCAUGACCUUGGCCUAUGACAAUGGCAUCAACCUGUUUGACACUGCAGAAGUCUACGCAGCUGGCAAGGCUGAAGUGGUGUUAGGAAACAUCAUUAAGAAGAAGGGAUGGAGACGGUCCAGCCUCGUCAUUACCACCAAGAUCUUCUGGGGUGGAAAAGCGGAGACAGAGAGAGGCCUUUCCCGGAAGCACAUAGUCGAAGGUCUGAAGGCUUCCCUGGAACGGCUGCAGCUGGAGUACGUGGACGUGGUGUUUGCCAACCGCCCAGACCCCAACACACCCAUGGAAGGGGACCCAUUUAGUUCCUUCAAGUCAAGGACAUUCAUCAUUGAAGAGACUGUGCGGGCCAUGACCCACGUCAUCAACCAGGGGAUGGCCAUGUACUGGGGCACGUCACGCUGGAGUUCCAUGGAGAUCAUGGAGGCCUACUCCGUGGCAAGGCAGUUCAACCUGAUCCCGCCCAUCUGCGAGCAAGCAGAGUAUCACCUGUUCCAGAGAGAGAAAGUGGAGGCCCAGCUCCCGGAACUGUUCCACAAGAUAGGAGUAGGUGCCAUGACCUGGUCCCCUCUGGCCUGCGGCAUCGUCUCAGGAAAGUACGACAGCGGCAUCCCGCCCUACUCCAGAGCCUCCCUGAAGGGCUACCAGUGGCUGAAGGACAAGAUCCUGAGUGAGGAGGGUCGGCGCCAGCAGGCCAAGCUGAAGGAGCUGCAGGCCAUUGCCGAGCGCCUAGGCUGCACCCUACCGCAGUUGGCCAUAGCCUGGUGCCUGAGGAAUGAGGGUGUCAGCUCUGUGCUUCUGGGUGCUUCCAAUGCAGAGCAACUUAUGGAGAACAUCGGAGCAAUACAGGUCCUCCCAAAACUGUCGUCUUCCAUCGUCCACGAGAUCGACAGCAUUCUGGGUAAUAAACCCUACAGCAAAAAAGACUACAGAUCCUAAGCCACCCCCACCACCUGCUUGGACCGUUUCCGGCUCCCUCGUCGUCUCUGUUCGCUCGCUUCUGCUGUUUUCAAAGCCAAAUGCAGAGUGUGGCUCACAUCCAAGGGGGAAAACGCUAUAUGCCCAGACGUUACCGGGAAAUGAUCUCCAAAGUGACCGCCAGAUGCCACCCGCCGCUUCCUCGCCAGAUACGAUCUGAUGGGUGUCAGGAGAUGGCGUCAAUUAGGGGGACAUCCAGAGGCACCCACUCAAGCCUAUCACCUCUGCUUAUCCUUCAAGAAGAAACAUCUGCCCCCAGCCAUGGCCCUUCACGGAGAUUCUAGAUGUCAUGGCCGGGUGGAAAUCUAGCCCUCGGAGCAGGCAGGGCUGGCCUCUCUGCCAAGAACCCCUGCCUCAAAAGAGGGGUGUGCCACCUCCUAGCACCCCUCCUGCCAGGGUCCCGGUGGUUAGA